AUGGCUUCCGCUGCUUCUUUCCCUGCCGUGGUACAUCGCGUUCCCUCAGAGACGCCGAAUCUUCUCGCCUACGAGAGGGCAAUCCAGACGCAGAAGAAUGCACUAGUAUUCAUUGGAGGCCUUACAGAAGGCCCCCAUACCAAUCGCGCGCUCGAUGCGAUUGUAUGCAAGCUGAAAGGUUCUACAUUCAGUGUUUGGGAGCUGCGUAUGCGAAGCUCCUACACUGGGUUCGGAUAUUCCAGUCUCUCCAACGAUGUUCAAGAUAUAUCUGCUCUGGUCGCAUACCUCCGUACACUUGGCAAGGAGAGGAUUGUCCUUUGCGGAGCGUCUACAGGGUGCCAAGAUUGCUUAGAGUACACAGAUCACAAAAAGUAUAAGAGCGCUCCUGUAGACGGCUACAUCCUUCUGAGCCCGGUCUCGGAUAGACAGACUGCAGGUCUUCUGAUGUCCCCAGAAGAGUUGGGAAAAAGCAACCAACACGCCCAGGAGAUGAUCGCAGAGGGUAAGGAGAACGAUGCUAUGCCGAGUGCCCUGCUUCCAUUCAUCUUCACAUCUCCAAUUACGGCAUAUCGAUGGAACUCGCUCGCAGCCAAGGGUGGCGAUGACGACUAUUUCUCGGUGGACCUAGACGAGGCUACCAUUAACGCCAAAUUUGGUCGAGUUGACAGGUCUAUAAUUUUGCUUCCUGGGGAAGAAGACGAACUUGUUCCACCUUCCGUGAACAAAAAAGAAUUGUUGGACCGCUGGGUCCAGGCUUGUCCUGAGGGUACUGUGAGCGAGCUGUCGGGUCUUGUCCCUGAGGCAGACCACGAGAUUUCAAAGCCGGAGGCACAAGAAAAAGUCUGUGAUUUGAUCCAGGGAUUCCUCGAUGCGCUCCUGAAGUAG